AUGGGAAUACGAAGCAGACUGGCUGGGCUCGGCCAGCACGUUCGACUAAAGGGCAAUGAAGCUAAACAUGAGCAGACGGAUGCUUGGAGUAACCGCGAUUUAAUACCUUUGCCGCCGGAUAGACGAACAUGGGGAUCCUUCAAUUACUACGGGUUCUGGGCCAUUGCUAGCCUGAAUGUCGCCAACUGGCAGACCCCAAGCACUUACCUCAUCUAUAACGACAAGAUCGAGAUCGCACAGGCGGACAAUGGAUAG